AUGUUUCGACCUGUUGGAGCUCUAAUAUUUGGUCAAUUAGCUGAUCGAUAUGGUAGAAAAUAUCCACUAAUGGCUGUUAUUUUAUUAUAUAGCAUUGCAGAACUUUCUUCAGGAUUUGCACCAAAUUUUCAAGUUUUUGUCAUUUUACGAGCAAUUUUUGGAGUUGCUAUGGGAGGAGAAUGGGGUUUAGGUGCCGCGUUAGCAAUGGAAACUUUGCCUACUGAAGCUCGUGGUUUAUUUUCGGGAAUUUUACAACAAGGUUAUUCGACAGGAUAUUUAAUUGUCGCUAUAUUUUAUUCUGUGAUAAUUAGAAAUUUUGGUUGGAGAGCAAUGUUUUGGAUCGGUUCAGGUCUUUCAAUCCCUAUUAUAAUUCUUUGUUUCUUUAUUCCUGAAUCACAUUCAUGGAAAAAUAAUCACUCGAAUCAAAAAUUCAAGGGAAAAAAAUGGUAUAUAGAAAUAAAAUUCGUUUUAAGAGAUCAUUUGAUAAGAAUAAUUCAUACUGUAUUAUUAAUGGCAUGUUUUAAUUUUAUGUCUCACGGUACACAAGAUUUAUAUCCAACAUUUCUCAGAGAUGAGCUUAAUUUUAGCCCACAAGAAGUGACACUUACCACAGUAGUUGCUAGCAUAGGAGCAAUAAUUGGCGGUACAACAUUUGGAUUUUUCUCUCAAUCUUGGGGACGUAGACUUGCAAUUAUCAUUUGUGCAUCAUUUGGAUUUUGCUUUCUUCCAUUAUAUGUAUUACCUCAAAAUCGAUGGUUAUUGACAUUUGGUGCAUUUAUGUUAUAUUUCUUUGUUCAGGGAGCUUGGGGAAUAAUACCAGCACAUUUAAAUGAGUUAUCACCACCAGAAUUUCGUGGUACAUUUCCUGGGUUAACAUAUCAAUUAGGAAAUCUUAUAGCUGCAUCUUCGGCUCAAAUAGAAGCUACAUUAGGCGAGAAAUUUACUAAAAAUGGAAAACCAAAUUAUGGUUUAGUUCAAGCAAUAUUUGCGGGGUGUGUUAUGAGACUCGAGUAUAAAAAUGCUUCAAAAUUUGAAAGAACUUGUUUGCAAGCCUAA